UCAGAACAAUCUAUAUAUAAUCUCUGAUUAGCCAACAUGCAUAACUUUAAUGUGGCUAUAAAAUAUCACACUAAAACACACAACCCUCAUGUUGAAACAUGGUGGUGGCAGCAUCAUGUUAGGGGGAAUGCGUUUCUUCAGCAGAAACAAAUACAGGGCAAUGCUGGAAGGAACUCCGUUAAAGACUGCAGAGGGUGAGGGUUCACCUUCCAGCAGGACUAGAGCAACAAAAAUACGUCCAGAGCUGUAAUGCAAGUUUACAUCAAAGCAUAAUUAUGUGCUGGAAUGGCCCAGUCAAAGUCCUAAAUCUAGAAUCUGUGGCACGACUGGAACAUUGAAGUUCAACUAUUAGUGCUAUACAGACGGUCUCAUUCCAAUCUGACUGAGCUUGACGUAUUUUGCUUCUUGGGGCGGUUAACGCACCAAGGUCGUUUCACAAAAUAUUGGCCGAAUACACAUGCGCCAUACUUCACUAAUAUGCGCUGAAUUGCGUUGCUCUCUAAGCACACUGGAGUUGUGGUUUAAACGAGAGAAAAUAUGAAAAAAGUUUACGGGUGUGAAUUGUGCAAGGCCCUGUACUGCAUAUGUGGACUGGAGUUUCUUAGGACUUAGAAGAGCGUGGUCGCCGUGUAAAAAAGCCAGCGUGGGUCUAGGUGGCGUCACGCUGGGAUUAGCCGUCCUUCUCUUUCAGCCCUCCUUGAAUUCCAUUCCGCCUUUUACUUUCUCGACUUCCCUCUCAUCGCUUUGGAGGACUUCCCAGUGACUUUGCGUGGCCGCAUUCAGCGCCACUCGGACCAACGCAAAGUCCCAAAGUGCUGCUGCUGCAGCGGAGAGCGCAACAUAAAGGAGCAGGAGCGUUUGGAGGUCUCGAUAUUUGGCGUUUCCGCAAACCACCCCACUCCUCCGGGAAACAAGCGCCAGCAGGGAACAGUUUAUACCUGUUGAUGAGGUCCCACGGGUGGCAGAGGAGCAGGCGCAUAAAGUGUGAAAAAAACUCGCUCCAGCAGCGGACCGCGGGAAGCGAGUGAAGGACCUCGGGAUUUUUUCCUUUUUUGCCCCAGCAGACGCAGCCUUUGCUGGGUUAGUGGAAGAAUGGGCUCUCCGAACUCCUGGAUCUGUGGACUUAUCGUGUCUUUGAUGCUCACAUAUCAGCUUGUUUCUGUGACUCAGGCUUCAAAGGUGUGGGGAGAGUUUCCGUUUCCAGAAGAUUUGGAGUCAGAAAAAGUUGUCCAGACAUCUCCAAGUUUACUGGAUGACGAUGAGGACUUUGCAGCUGAUGAAGUUUCAGGAGACCAGCCCAGUGGAGAGGAGGACGGCAGCACUCCAGAGCCUGAUAGCACAAUUUAUUAUCGAGCUCUUGUCAACUUCACCGACUCCGUUGUGUACGGCCCUGAGCUGGAGGACAUCUUCUCUCCGGAGUUUAAGGAAAUUUCUGAAGCAGUGAUGGACACGCUGGAGUCGGAAUACAACAAGAUUCCAGGUGCCCAGACGGUCAACGUGGUACUCAUCAAAAAGAUGAUAAGAGAAGCUGGAGUUGAUAUCUUUGUGGAACUUGACGUGGGCUCUGAUUACAACAAUGAAGAACGGAUCCGCAGGGUCCUCUACAAUGUGGUGAAGGAGGGAACCAUUGCUUCCUAUGUUACGUCAGUCCAAGGUUUUCAAUUCAGACAGCUUGGGAAAGUUAUAACUCUGCCUUCAGUGGACCCUAUAGCAGUUCCAGUAACGCCCAUUAAAAGGCCAUGCAUGGCUGACGAGUACAGGUGUGGUGAUGGAACAUGCAUCCCAAUGGAGUACUAUUGUGACAACAGACCCGACUGCACAGACAUGAGUGAUGAGACAAGUUGUGAAAUGUCCGUCCCUUUGGUCUUGACAACCCCUGCUGCUGUCACUCCCACUCUGCCUGGUGGCCUUGGACCAUUUGGCCCUCAUCCCCCUGUCCCUCCUAUUCGAUGCAAAGCAGAUCAGGCCAAAUGCCAGAGCGGAGAAUGUAUUUCUCAAAAAUUUAUCUGUGAUGGACAAACGGACUGCCAAGAUGGAAGUGAUGAACUGGGAUGUGGUACUCCGUCUCCCUGUGAGCCCAAUGAAUUCAAAUGUAAAAAUGGCCGCUGCGCCCUGAAGCUGUGGUGUUGUGACGGCGACAACGACUGCGAGGAUAACUCAGAUGAGACUGACUGCCCCACCAAGGGUCCCAACGACAGAUGCAACCCUGGGCAGUUUGAAUGCCGGAGUGAUAACACUUGCAUCCCGGCUAGUUACCAAUGUGAUCAAGAACCAGACUGCAGUGACCGCUCUGAUGAGUUUGGCUGCACCCCACCUAUGGUGGUGAGCCCACCAGAGGAGUCCAUUGAGGCGGCACGGGGGUCGACUGUGACGUUCACCUGUCAGGCUGCUGGAGUUCCAACGCCCAUCAUCACCUGGAGGCUCAACUGGGGGCAUAUUCCCAGAAGCGACAGGUUUAUCAUGACCAAUGAGAAUGGCCGUGGAACCCUCACUAUUCGUGAUGUGAAAGAGACAGACCAGGGGGCGUACACCUGCGAGGCCAUCAAUGCUAAAGGCAUGAUGUUUGGGAUCCCUGAUGGAGUGUUGACUCUCAUAUCAAAUCCAAACCCAGGAAAUUGUCCUGAUGGUCACUUCAGUGUGGAUGGCCGCUGCAUCUCCUGCUUCUGUGCUGGAGUCUCAAAGAACUGUAAGAGAACCGGACGCUACCGCAGCCAGAUCAGCCUGCGCUUCACUGAGGAAGAGGACUUCAAAGGAGUAAAUGUCACCUACUCCUCCAGGCCAGGUAUUCCACCCCUCUCAUCCACUCAGCUGCUCAUUAACCCAGAAAUGGAAGAGCUCCAGCUUGUUGACUUGUCUCGCCGGUUCCUCAGCCUUGAAUCCUACUGGACCUUACCUUACCGGUUCCUUGGCAACAAAAUCGAUUCAUAUGGAGGAUCCCUGAAAUACAAGGUGCGGUACACACUUGCCCGCGGCCUGUCUGAGCCGGUGGCACAAUCGGACGCAAUCCUAGUGGGAAACGGACGCAGACUUGUGUACCGCCGAGGCAACGGCACCCCUCCAAAUGUUGUCAACCAGAAAAAAAUCAUAUUCACUGAAGACCACUGGCAGCACUCCAAUGGCCUCCCUGUCAGCCGUGAGGAACUGAUGAUGACGUUGGCUGACCUGGACAGCAUAGACAUUCGCACCAUCUAUGACAACCACAUGGUCAGUGUGGCGCUCAGUCACAUCGUCAUGGAUACCACCACAGUGGACUUCAGCACUCUUGGUCAUGCUAAGGAUGUUGAAGAAUGCAAAUGUCCUCCGGGAUACACGGGCCUAUCUUGUGAAAUGUGUUUCUCUGGUUUUGAGCGCGUCCCCGGUGGUCCUUAUCUUGGUACCUGUGCCGGCUGUAAUUGUAACAGACACGCAGCCGCCUGCGAUCCAAUCAGUGGGCACUGUCUGAGCUGCCAACACAACACAGAGGGCCCCCAGUGUGACAGGUGUCGCCCUGGCUACUUCGGCGAUCCGACCCGAGGUCGUCCUGACGACUGCAAGCCCUGCCCAUGCCCAUACAUUGAGACAUCGCGGCGGUUUUCUGACACGUGCUUCCUGAACAUUGACCUGCAGCCCACAUGUGACGCCUGCAGGCCCGGAUACACAGGAAGACGCUGUGAAAAGUGUGCUCCUGGUUACCAGGGUAACCCCCUCCUGCCUAAUGGAAAAUGUGUCCCAAACCAAAGUUCAAGUUGUGAUAACAGAGGAACCAUCAGCUCCAGCAGCAGGCCAUGCAGCUGCAAGAACAACGUGGCAGGCGAUCUGUGUGACGAGUGUAAGGCUGGGUUCUUCCACCUAUCAGAGGCCAACCCUGAUGGCUGUUUACGCUGUUUCUGCAUGGGUGUCUCCUCACAGUGUGCCAGCUCUUCCUGGAGUAGAGAUCAGGUGCGAGGUGGAGUGAACGGGCAACUCUUCUCCCUCUCAAACAGCGGCAACACUAAAACUAUCUCCGAAGGCAUCUUCCAGAGGGGCUCCUCUGUCGUCUACCGCCCCUUGUCAAGUGACUCUAAUGAAGUCUACUUCUGGGUCCUGCCUGAAAGUUUCAGAGGAGAUAAGGUGACGGCCUAUGGUGGGGAGCUCAGGUACACUGUGAGCUUUGAACCAUAUCGGCGCUCGCUGGUGGUUGACGGACACCCUGACGUGGUCAUCCAGGGCAACAACAUCUUCCUGGAGCACUACUCUCAGACGAAGACCGACCCACGAGUGCCAAACGCUGUCACUGUGACGUUCAGAGAGUCCUCAUGGCGUCGCAUCGACGGGCAGCCAUGCACCCGGGAGAACCUCCUGAUGGCCCUCGCUGAUGUUUCUCUGUUUAUGAUCAGAGCCACCUAUGUUGACAGCAUAACAGAGACCAGUAUCUCGGACAUCAAGAUGGACAUCGCUGUUCCUCACCUAACUGGUAAGGAACGAGCCCUGGAGGUGGAGGAGUGCGCCUGCCCGUUAGGAUACAGAGGAGCGUCCUGCCAGGAGUGUGAUGUGGGUUACACUCGGACCAACUUUGGUUUCUACCUUGGAACGUGCGAGAGGUGUCACUGCAACGGCCAUGCCAGCAGCUGUGACCCAGAGACCGGCAGGUGUCUGCAAUGCCUUCAUAACACUGAUGGAGAGAGAUGUGAGAGGUGCUUGCCUGGAUUCUACGGAGACCCUGUAAGGGGUGGACUGGAUGCCUGUAAGCCGUGUCCCUGCCAUGGAAUCACUUCCGACACUCAAUUCUCCUCAACCUGCUACUUGGGCUCUGAUGGUGCGCCAGUUUGUGACAGCUGUCUUCCUGGAUUCACAGGCCGGCGUUGUGAAAGAUGUGCCCCAGGAUACACUGGCAACCCGAUGCGGGGAGAGAGAUGUGUCCCUAGCAAUGAAGUCAAUGGCAACUGUUAUAGCUGUGACCAACAAGGUAGUGAAGGCUGCACCAGUGGUGUGUGCCAGUGCAAGAUGAAUGUUGCGGGUCCGUCUUGCUCCACCUGUAAGCCCAGAACCUUCCAUCUCAGCCAGGCAAACAAAGAUGGCUGCUUGUCCUGUUUCUGUAUGGGUGUCACUGAGCAGUGCACCAGCUCUACAUACUACAGAGAUGUGGUCUUCUCUGUGUUUACUCCAGGAAACUUCCAGGGUUUCGCUCUGGUGAACCGCCAGAGAACCAGUCGCGUUUCAACUGGUUUUACUGUGGAGGUUUCCACUGAAGGCACUCAGCUGUCCUAUAGCAACUUUAACUACCUGGGACAGGGGCCUCACUACUGGCAGCUUCCAGAUGUUUACCAAGGAGACAAGAGGGAUUCUUACUUUUCUCGCGUCAAACGAGCACAUCAGAGUGACUCGUACUUGCCAGAGGAGCAGCUAAGGAAGGAUGCUUCUGUUUGGAACCAAAUGGCCGCCGAGCGUAAAGCCAACCAAAGAUCCAAAAGAGACAGCCAGAAUGUCAAAAAGCUGGACGAGGAGGUCUGGGCACUUCUGUCUAACUUCUCCAAUGGACCAGCUGGUUUCCCUCCAUUUCUCCCCUCUUCUAAAUCCUCUUCACUUUCCUCCUCCCGGGUCCCGACCUACUCUUCUUCUCAAUGGUCUUUGCAUAACCUGAGCCCCCUCUCUCCCGCAUCUGGUGUUUCUUCCUCUGUUAGACCAACCCGGCCUGAGUCUUACUCUCCAGGCCACGCCCCUCGCCUGCAGAGCAAGAACACUUUGAGCAAGACUGCUGAUACUUCUGGAGGCAGCAGCAAGUACGUUCUGGUCUACAAAGGUUUCAGCUCGCAGCAGGACGAUGUGCUCUACUGGAUGCUCCCUGGACAGUUCACAGGGGAAAAGGUGGGUUCUUAUGGUGGCAAACUUAAAUACACCAUAACCUAUGUGACUGGUUCAAGAGGAACAGAACUUGAAGAUGCUGAUGUUCAGAUCAUUGGUAAUGACAUCACCCUGGUAGCUCGUCAGACCUGGCAGAGGAGGCAGCAGGGUGGCAGAGAGAGCAAACAGUUUGAGAUCAUCUUUAGAGAGGAACACUGGCAUAGACCUGAUGGCAUGCCUGCCACCAGAGAGCACCUGAUGAUGGUUCUGGCUGAUCUGGAUGAUAUCCUGAUCCGAGCUUCAUACUCGACUGAAAUGCGCUCCUCAAGCAUCUCUGACAUCAGUAUGGAAGUAGCUGUGCCCAACUACAGCGGCUUGGCACAGGCCCUCGAGGUGGAGCAGUGCCGCUGUCCUCCUGGCUACCAAGGACUCUCCUGCCAGGAUUGUGCACCAGGAUACACCCGCACCGGAGGAGGUUUAUACUUGGGUCACUGUGAGCCCUGUGAUUGCAAUGGGCACUCAGAUGCCUGCCACCCAGAGACUGGCACCUGCACAAACUGCCUGCACAACACACAGGGGGAUCUCUGUGACCAGUGUGCCUCUGGCUUCUUUGGCGAUCCCACUGCUGGCACCCCGGAAGACUGCCAGCAAUGCGGCUGCCCUCACACUGACUCCGACAACCAGUUUUCUCCUACUUGUGAGAGCCUUGGUAGUGGAGACUACCAGUGCACUUCUUGCCAACCUGGUUACACUGGACAGUACUGUGAACGUUGUGCUGCAGGAUAUGCUGGCAACCCACAGGAGAGAGAAAAAUGUCGUCCGAAUGACGCUGUAGCCCACCUAGAGGUGAAAGUUUAUCCAGAGCGGUUUGUAGCAACACAGGGCAGCUCCGUCACACUGCGCUGUCAGGUCUCCGGAUCUCCACCACACUACUUCUUCUGGUCCAGACAGGAUGGACGGCCCAUCUCUGUCAGUGCUGACAGACGCAGACAAGGAGCAGAGCUGCACUUCCCCAGCGUCUUGCCAAGUGACGCUGGCAUCUACAUCUGCACCUGCCAAGACCUACGCAGCUCAAACAGGAGCCACGCUGAGAUUAUUGUCAAAGGUGGCCCAACUAAACCCAUCGAGGUCACAGUCGAGGAGCCUAAAUCUCAGACUGUAAGGGUCGGGUCCACUGUCAACUUCAUCUGUACUGCAAGGAGCAAGUCACCGGCCUACACACUGGUGUGGACCAGAAGGGGGAACAGGAAGCUUCCCAACCGUGCCACAGACUUUAACGGCAUCCUGACAAUUCAGAACGUCCAGCCUGAAGAUGCGGGCUUCUACGUUUGCACGGGUUCCAACAUGUUUGCCAUGGAUGAAAGUAGUGCCAUCCUCUACGUGCCAGAGGCCUCACAGACUCAGAUGUUUUACACAGCCUAUGAAAUGUUUGAAGGACAUAGAAAGCCUGCAGAGGGGGCCCACCCCAUCGCCACCAUCACCCCUUCGGAGCUAAAUGUCCGGCAGGGCCAGUGGGCAGAGCUUCGUUGCACAGUGACUGGAAACCCAACACCAGCUAUUGAAUGGAUCGGGGGUCCCAGGAACAGGAUGAGUCCCAGAGCUGUUAUAACAAAUGGCAUCCUCACAUUCCCAGCUGUUGAUCUGGCUGAUGAGGGGGAGUACACCUGCAAGGCCCUGAACACUCACGGCGAGCACACAGCACGGGCCUCCCUCCAUGUCCAAAAAAACAUCCCCAGUGGCCUAGGCACUCAGCCCCAAGUCCAAGUCAGUCCUAAAAGUGUUGAGAUCCGCGAAGGGGAACCCUUGAGGUUGUACUGUCGAGCGACAGGUUCACCCACCCCGAAAAUUACCUGGCUGAAAAGUGGAGGACAGCUCCCCCAACAGGCCAUUCCCUCGUACGGUUUCCAUCAGUUUAAAAGCAACAGUCUCGAUGUGUUACACAGACGCAUUGAGGAGCUGCAGGCCCAAACAGACCGCACUGAUAUUGGCACUUUGUUCAUCCCUGAUAUUAAGAUCUCCGACGCAGGCACUUACAUGUGCGUUGGCAGCAAUAGUGUUGGCUCAAACAGCGCUCCAAUUCAGGUCACUGUACUCAGAGCAGCAGAACAUACCUUUUCAGUUGUCACCAUCCAGCCAUCUAUCGCCGAUGUCCAAGAGGGUCAGAGUCUUGAACUAAAUUGCUUUCCUCCUGGAAAUCCUCCUCCCAAAGUCACAUGGACAAGAGCCAGCGGACACUUCUCUGCCAACCAUCAGGUUGUCGGCAGUCAGCUGCGUAUCCUGUCCGCCUCUUCAGAGGACUCAGGAGAGUACAUCUGUCGAGUACAGGGUGCUGGGAGUUUAGGCUCCCCUGUCUAUCAGGCCUCUGUUUCCGUGUCUGUCACUUCAUCUUCUUCACGCCUACAGAGCCCCAUCAUCAGCGUCGAGCCCCACAGCUCCGCAGUGCGUGUUGGGGAGUCAGCCACCUUCAGAUGCCAGGUGUACAGUGGAGCCCAGCCAGUCAGACUGGAGUGGAAACUUGCCAACAACCAGCCUCUGCCAGAUAAUGUCAGGGUUAAUUCUGAUGGCUCCAUUAUCACCAUCAGUAAUGCUCGCUCAAAAAACCAUGGAACCUACCGCUGCGUGGCAAGCAACCCUUUUGGCAUCACCCAAACCAUAGUGUCUUUGAUUGUUAAAGAGUCUCCUGCGGCCACAGUUACCCCUGUUGGGCCUGUCCGGGUCAGGGUGGGUGAACCCAUUAACCUGGAGUGCCAAUCUUCAGGAGAGCCUCGCCCCUCAGUGUCAUGGCACAGACUGGAUAACAACCGGAAGACCACACUGAGCAGUCCUGUACCUAUGGACUCCAAUGCAGUCAUGCAGAUUCUCGUUGCCCGUCCAGAAGACAGUGGGACAUAUGUCUGUGUAGCUCGUAACACUGAGGGCACGACUGAAACCAAAGUAGAAGUGGUUGUUGAGGGAGGAUCCCAGGUGCCCUCAGCGCCCCGGGCCCUGGUUCCUGAACCGCUGAUGGUUGUGGUGGAGGGACGGACUGCAACUCUGCACUGUGAUGCCUACGGAUUUCCCUCCCCGGUGAUCACAUGGUCCAAGCUGCGCUCCGAUCUGCCUUGGAGGCACAAGGUGGUGAACAACAGCUUGGUGCUGCCAGCUGUCGGUCGACAGGACUCUGGAGAAUACAUCUGCAGUGCAAAAAACAACAUGGGAACGAAUGAAGUCACCAUUAUGCUAGAAGUGGAGACUGCUCCUUAUGCCACUUCUGUGCCCGAUGAUGUGGCAGUGCGGGUCGGAGAGGUGAUCAGGUUGCAAUGCUUUGCCCAUGGGACUCCUCCCCUGACCUACACCUGGACUAAACUGGAUGGUGUCCUGCCUCGCAGAGCUCAGACCAGCGAAGGAGAUCUUCAGAUCAACCUGGCCACUGCCGAGGAUGCUGGAAGCUACAAAUGUGUUGCCAGCAACAGAGUUGGCAGUAGCGAAGUAGUUGCUAAAGUCACAGUCAGAUCACCACUGGCAGUGCGAGUGUCUCCUCAGGUUGAAGUCAAAGCUCAGGGCAGUGCCGUGGAGUUCACCUGCUCAGCAGCUGGAGGUGUGGAUACCAAGAUUGAAUGGCUGAAGGAAGGUGGAGCCUUGCCUCCAAACCACUACAUAAAGGAUGGCGUUCUCAGAAUUGAAAACUUGGAGCAGAGCAAUGGGGGUGUUUACAUCUGCAGAGCAAGCAGUGUGUUUGGUCAAGCACAGGACUCUGGAAGACUAACUAUUCAAGCUCUACCAAAGGUGAUGAUUAAUGUACGCACCUCAAUGCAGACCGUGAUGGUUGGGAACUCUGUGGAGUUUGAGUGCCACGCUGUUGGUGACCCCGAGCCCACAGUCAGGUGGAGUAAAGUUGGAGGCCCUCUUCCGUCACACAUCAUGGUGAAGGGUAGCAUGCUGAGGAUUGAUCAGGCGACCGAGGCAGACGCCGGCCAUUACCGUUGCACAGCCACCAACGAUGUAGGCUCAGUUCAGUCUCAAGUGCUGCUUAAUGUCCAGUCCCUUCCUCAAAUUUCUGCACUGCCAGAAACAAAGGAGGUAACGGUCGGGUCUGAUGCAGUUAUGCCCUGCUUAGCUUCAGGAUAUCCAGUCCCUGAUAUCAAAUGGACAAAGUUGGAAGAAGAACUUCCUCCCAAGUGCUUCCAGGAGGCCAAUGUGCUUACAGUUCCACAGGUCACCCACAAGGACUCUGGCACAUACAUCUGCACCGCCUCUAACGAGCAUGGCAAUGUGGCAGCUUUCACUAAACUGGAAGUCCAUGAGAGAGUGAUGCCGUACUUUGCCCAGGAACCCUUGUCUUACCUCACACUGCCCACCAUUAAAAAUGCCUAUAAGGCUUUCAACAUAAAGAUUAACUUCAGACCCGAUAAUGUUGAUGGUCUCAUAUUGUAUGCUGGCAUGAUCCUCUACAACGGCCAGAGAAGAACAAUAGGAGCCGACUUCAUCUCUCUGGGACUUGUGAGUGGACGCUUGGAGUUCAGGUUUGACGUUGGCUCUGGCAUGGCCACCAUACGUGACCCCAACCCCAUUAAACUGGGAGAGUUUCACACAGUGGAGCUACAUCGCAACCUUACCGAGGGAUUCAUAACUGUGGACGGAGGGGAACCCAUCAGUGGAAAAUCACAGGGCAAGUUCCAGGGCCUUGAUCUGAAUGAGGAGCUACAUGUGGGUGGUUACCCCAACUACACAUCAAUCGCAAAAACAGCUGGUAUUAAGACCGGUUUUGUGGGCUGUAUCCGUCAGCUGGUCAUCCAGGGAGAGGAAGUAAUCUUUAAAGAACUCGACCGCAGCUCUACCGGGGUCACAAACUGUCCCACCUGCAAAGAUUAUCCAUGCCAGAAUGGAGGAAGGUGUGAGGAUUCAGAGGCCAGCUUGUAUAAGUGCACCUGCCCCAGAGGAUUCACAGGCAGCAAUUGCCAGCAUCACUCAUCUCUGCACUGCCACUCAGAGGCCUGCGGACCUGAUGCUACUUGCAUAAACCGCCCAAGCGGCCUGGGCUAUGACUGUCGCUGCCAUCUGGGCAAGUUUGGAGGCAAAUGCAUGCAAGGUGAGCUGGUGACGAUCCCACUGUUUGAUGGUGAUGAGUCAUACAUAGCUUACCCACCCCUGACCAAUGUCCAUGAUGACCUCCGUGUUGAGCUGGAGUUCAAACCACUGGAAAGGAAUGGCCUGAUGUUCUUCUGUGGCGGUAAAAAAACCAAGGUGGAGGACUUUGUGGCUGUUUCAAUGGUGGAGGGACAUGUGGAGUUCAGAUAUGAACUUGGCACAGGACAGGCAGUCCUUCUCAGUCCUCAGCCAGUCUCUCUGGGCCAGUGGCACAGAGUUAUAGCAGAGAGAAACAAGGCGGCUGGCCACCUGAGGGUGGACCAGGGCCCAGUGCAAAGGAGAAUGUCUCCAGGAAAGGCCCAGGGCCUUAAUAUCCACACUCCCAUGUACCUCGGGGGAGUGCUAAGCAUGGACAUCCUGCCCAAGCCUGCAAAUAUUACUCAGAUGUUUGAUGGCUGCAUAGGAGAGGUUUCCAUCAACAACAAGAAGGUGGACUUGUCCUACAGCUUCACAGAGAGCAAAUCAAUUAGCAGAUGUGUGGCCAACAACCCCUGUGACCGCCGGCCCUGCCUGAACGGUGGGGAAUGCAUGUCCAGUGGAGAGUAUGAGUACCAGUGCCUCUGCAAAGAUGGAUUUGAAGGUGAACGUUGUGAGGUGGUGAAAUUUCUGUGCCAGAGCGAUACCCAGUGCCAAAAUGGCGGUACUUGUGUCGAAGGCAAAUGUGUUUGUACGGCUGGGCACACAGGCCUCAGCUGUGAUGAAAGCCAGGUCUUCACCUCCCCCGAGGCCCAACGGAGUUCUGAAACCAGCGAGGCGAAUGAUUCCCCCGGUAUUCCCCAGUAUUCAGCUCUUUUCCAAAAUGAUGGCUGGAUUGCUCUUCCUAAAUCAGUUUUCCCAAGAAGUGCCCAUGACUCUCCAGAGACAAUAGAAAUGGAAAUCAACACCAGCUCCUCUGAGGGCCUGAUCCUAUGGCAGGGAGUGGAGACCAAAGGCGCACAAAAUUUGCGAAAGGUGCAUGCUAGUGAAAAGGUACCUGGAGAACAUGGCAAAGGCAAGGACUUCAUCAGCCUUGGCCUACAGAACGGACACCUUGUUUUCAGUUACCAGUUGGGCAGUGGAGAAGCAAGAAUAAGAUCAACAAAGGCCAUCAAUGAUGGAGAGUGGCAUAAGAUCACAGCAGCCAGAGUUGAAAAAUAUGGUUAUAUUCAAAUCGAUGAAGGAGACCAACAACAUGGACACUCUAAAGGCCCAAGCCUCAUGGUCAACACCAAAGGCAGCAUAUACCUGGGUGGAGCCCCACGGAUGACUGCUAUGACAGGAGGAAAGUUUUCGUCAGGAAUAACAGGCUGCAUUCGGAACCUGAUGCUGACGAACGCUCAGUCAGGACAGCAGCCAGCCCAGGCGAUUGAUUUGCAGGUUCACAGUGCCAACAGCAACAACGUUCAACCCUGCUCUUCAUAGACAUACAUGCACAAAGACACACAGUCACACAAGCACGUACACCCAGAGAGACUAUGAAGUGAUUUAACACACAGCAGACCCCCCCAGAGAGACUUCACACUCAUAGAGUGUGAAACAAGCUUGGUGCUUUAUUGCUACCAAAAAAACAAAAUAAAAGAAAACAAACCAUGACUCAACCGAUGCUUUUAUCUGUGUGCAGCAAAACCAAAAUCAACGCAACAUUUAAAACAAUAUUAAAAGUCUUCUCUGUCUCAGUGUUGUAUUCUGAAUGAAGGACUGAUAAAGGUUUUCAUUCUUCCAGCAGUACUUUUAGCCAGGAGAAGAUUAACAGUAAAGCUUAGUAGCCCUUCUAAGAUGGGUCAGAUCCUAUGGAGUUGGAGAUAUUUUGACAGCACUGAAUUUUUUUAAUUUAUAUACAUUUGAAUAUAUAUAAUAUUUGUGAGGGAAAACAUGCAAACUAACAUUACAACUGCUCUUUACCUUUCCUAGAAUUUGUUCUAGGUUCUUAUACUGUGUGUUAGGGGCUUUUUGUUGGCCUAACUCUACUGUUACUUGAAACUAUCUAGGCCUUUUUUUUCCCCUUCACUUUUGUAGGGAAAGCUUUAUCUGCGAGCAUGCUUGGCAAACUCAUGGGAGAUGAGCACACAUGGUCACAGUCACACGCUACUCCAGUACACAACUAGGUAUGCCAAAUACAAACAGAUAACCCCAAUUAUUACAAGUAUGACUGUUUAUUUCACAACACGUUUUUAUGUCUUCCUUUUGUGUAUUUGUUUUUUUUUAUGAAAAGAAAUAAAACUUGGUGCUAAUUUUCAGACAUGAAGAUGCAACAUGUGCCUCUGUCACAUGUAGAGAUCUUUUUCUAGUAAUUUGGCUUUAUUUGUAGUUUAACAACAAUUAAAAGCAGUAGUUUUUUGUUGAUAUGCAUGGACUUUGACAUUGAUCUAAGAUAUGGCAUGGUGUGUUGCUUCCACUUGCCUUUUAUGAUUGAGUAGAUCUCAAAAAGGAGUUAAAAACUAAAAAAAAGGUGUCAUUUUUUUAUGCGUGUUUGUUGAAUAUAUUAUUUUAUGUGGUAAACUAUCUGCCAGUCAGGUAGAUAACUAUGUCCGAUGGGAAAAGAAAAUAUGUUGUUCAAGUAUGUUUUAACUCUAUCCAUUUCUCACAGAUCACUCCAGUUUAAGCCAGGUGUUUGUUUGUGUCCGUUUCCAUUUCCUCAGCAGGGCCAACCCAGUACUGGCCAACCCUCAGGGUUUUACCCUAAAGUCAGGUCUGGUAGUUUUAGAUUCAACAUGGAAAGCUAAACACCUCUGAAGGCUCUGUGGGUUGUUUAACCCUGCAGAUGUAGAUUCAUCUACAGCAGCUCACAGCUAGGUUCAUGUUUGGUCAGAAGAAACCUCCUGCAGGGUGCUGUGAUCUGUAGUGUAGCUCUGAUAAGCAUGCUUACUCUUUUUUUUUUUCCAACCACAUGGCAAAUCACAGUGACAAGUAUUUUGGGGUUGAUAAAUCUUUUUUUCUCUUACUGUUUGUUAGCUGAAUAUAUGUGUUUUUGAUCAUCCUAAAAUGAGCAUCUUUCCACUUCAUUUUAUUUAUUUCAUGCAUUUUGUUUUGCUUUCAUGUUUUUUUCACAGCUCUUGUUGAUUGAUUAACUUUCUACUACCUGGGGUUACUAUGUAUGGUCUCCCACACACCGUGUCCUUCCCCCACUUAGUAAAUUCUCAAAUUGCCUGCACAAUGUAUCUGUACUUGACUUGCGCUUCCCUGGUCCAGUGAAUAAAAGCUGGUCUUAUUCUUUAGAAAAUAAAUCAUAGACUUCAAAUGCAUUAAUGGAUGAGAUUGAUGUUAUCAUGAAAGAGAGGUGUAAGAAGAGCAGGAGGUCCAGCUGUGGUUGUAGGCAGCCUUUUAGGUAUUUGACCUUAAACUGGAUUGUCACAUAUGUCAAUCAAUACGAACUUGUCAAAAAACAGUUGCAGUUUUUUUUUUUUUUGUUUGUUAGAAGGUCCACUUUAAUUAAUAACUGAAAUUUUUAUGUUGGUUUAUGAAAAAAGGGUAUUUUGUUUACCUCAGAACAAAACCAAAUUCGCUAACAAACCUAAUGUAAGUACUGGAAUACAGUUUGCAUGUCAUUUAGAUCGGACUGUUUUAAUACCCAUGUUGGAAAAAUUCUCCCAUUCACUGUGUUUCCUAAAUAAAACAGAAUUCAUGUGCUAUUUGUAA